GGCCAGGCGGGCUCGACAGGCUCCGCGUGUGAAAUGCGGGACAGGGCACGAGUUGAGCUCGUGUGAAGUGUGAACUCAUUGAAUGAUCUUCUUGUUUCCUAAGACUCUGGCACCAGCUGACUCUUCAAGUUUUGGACUUUGUUCAGGACCCUUGCUUUGCCCAAGGAGAUGGACUCAUCAAGCUUUAUGAGAACUUCAUCAGUGAGUUUGAGCACAGGGUGAACCCCUUGUCCCUGGUAGAGAUCAUUCUUCAUGUAGUCAGACAGAUGACAGAUCCAAAUGUGGCCCUUACUUUUCUGGAAAAGACUCGAGAAAAGGUAAAAAGCAGUGACGAAGCUGUCAUCUUGUGUAAAACUGCCAUCGGGGCGCUCAAGCUGAAUAUCGGAGACCUGCAGGUCACCAAGGAGACCAUUGAGGAGGUUGAAGAGAUGCUGAACAAUCUCCCAGGUGUGACCUCAGUUCACAGCCGCUUCUAUGACCUCUCCAGCAAGUACUACCAGACCAUUGGGAACCACGCCUCGUACUAUAAGGAUGCUCUGCGGUUCCUGGGAUGCAUUGAUGUUAAAGAUCUGCCGGUAUCAGAGCAGCAGGAGAGAGCCUUUACCCUGGGCCUGGCAGGGCUCCUGGGAGAAGGUGUUUAUAACUUUGGGGAGCUGCUCAUGCACCCUGUGCUGGAGUCCCUGCGGAGCACCGAUCGACAGUGGCUGAUUGACACCCUUUACGCCUUCAACAGCGGGAACGUGGAGACGUUUCAGGCGCUGAAGUCGGCGUGGGGUCAGCAGCCAGAUCUGGCUGCAAAUGAAGCACUUCUGCUGCAAAAGAUUCAGCUGUUGUGUCUUAUGGAGAUGACUUUCACCCGGCCGGCCAAUCACAGACAGCUCACUUUUGAAGAGAUUGCUAAGAGUGCCAAGGUCACUGUGAAUGAGGUGGAACUGUUGGUGAUGAAGGCGCUCUCGGUGGGCCUGGUGAAGGGCAGCAUUGAUGAAGUCGAUAAGAGGGUGCACAUGACGUGGGUACAACCACGCGUGUUGGAUUUACAACAGAUCAAAGGAAUGAAAGACCGCCUGGAGUUCUGGUGCACGGACGUGAGGAGCAUGGAGAUGCUGGUGGAGCACCAAGCCCAUGACAUCCUCACCUAGAGCCCUGGCGCCGCCCCGGGAGAGCGAUUCCUGCCGCGGCCGAGGCGAGCAGCGCUCCGACCACUGACUGUACCGCGUUCUACUGGAGGGGGGUGGGUGGGCAGAGGGGGGAGCAGCUUUACGACGCUUGUUCACAGGAGUAAGUGGCCUUUUGCUGUGUAACCCUUUGGUGCUUGGAGUCAAGAUUUCCCUAUGCGCUACCACAAGCGACGCUGGCCGCGAGAGCUGCCGUCCUGCUCUCGAGGAGGACGAAGGCUCCGCAGCGGUGGGUCGGUCGGUCCUGUGAAGGGACGGGUGGAGGCUGAGGUGCUGGCUGCACGUUUGGGUAGGGCGGUAGCAGAGGCUCCUUUGUGAAAACACGCAGGAGGGGCCUGGCCCUCGUACGUGGUGUUUCCGUAGCAGUGUUGGCUUGGGAGGGCAUGGCCUUCCCCCGGCCCCUGCAGCAGCCCAGAGGCAGCACUCCCCAAACCAUCUUUCUCCUUCUGCCCUCUUUCUCCACAACCCCUCCUCCUCAUCUGCAGUAGAGGGAGUGUUUACUCCAUCAAAGGGUUUUCUCCAGGAUUACCGUUUAGUGGAUGUGUUUUUAUAUACUUUUGGGGGUGGUUGUCUUUUACGAACACUUUGUGCUAAAGUGAGGUGCAGCAGUAUUGCUGGAAUAAACUUCUCUGCCUUCCCUUUUCUGUA